AUGGUGUCUUAUCGUCUUCUUCCAGUUCUGUUUAUUCUAACAAUCGGAUUCAUUCAAGUCACAGGAGAAAACCCUGAAGAAGUACCGUGUGAAGAAGAAACAACCACAAGGACUACUGUUCCAUCUAUUACUCCAACAACUGUCACUACAACCACAACUACUGUUCCAAAAACUAAUACCAUACAUCCGUGUGCAAAUGUUGAUGCCCCUGUAGCGCCUUACCGAACGGAUACUGGUGCUCAAUGCAGAGCUGUUUCUGAUUGUAAUCUUAAUGGAUUGGUUUUAAGCAGUAUGGAAACGGACGAGGAGAAAGCUUCAUAUAUCGACUGUAAACCCUUGAUAUCAAUAUUCGACCUUAUAUAUCUUGUUAUUUUCAGUGGUCAAAAGAACAAUUCGCAGUACUAUUGGGAUGACGGACAGGCUGUUCCCACUAUCGAUCAACAACCGACAAUUGUAGAUCCUGCUGGUUCUUUUGCCUGGUUUAUUAAUAAGAACUCGAGUAUACCUGGAUAUGGAGAUCAUAGAGUUGUUGCACUAUCUGGCCGUGGAACUCCACAAGUGAACGGUGUUAUUUGUGGUGCCCCUGGAUUACAGUUUACAAACUGA